GUUUUUUCCCUUUUCAAAAGUUCUAGAAAGUCACAUUAAACAGUCUUGCAUAAAUAUAACAUGAGUGCCAAGUAAAUUUCUGUGAUUGUUGUUGUUGACCUGUUUCUCUCAGUUUGUUUGACUCACCACCAUGGCAGAAGAUCCUUUUCAAUGUAGACUGAACUUUUUAUCACUAUUAGAUAAACUUAAUGCAUCGCAGCAGUCUAUAACCAAAGUUGCAGCGUAUGCCAUGAGAUAUAGAAAAUUAUCAGAAGAUCUGUAUAGCUGUUUAUUAGAAGAACUUGAACAGGCGUCCUUAAACGCUAGGCUAAAUAUAAUAUAUGUGCUUGAUGCCAUAUUCACCGCCAGUCAAAAAUCAAAAUAUUCAGGCUAUCUAGACUUGACACGACCCGAUUUACCUCGCAUCGUCAAUGCAGUAGUGGCGAAUGGGCCAGGAGUUGUCAAUAUACCCAAUACACAGAAGAUUUUGGCAAACUGGAAAAGGAAAGGCUAUUUUGACAGUAAAGAACUUGAAGAAGCAGAAAAGGCAUUAUUAGAAUUAGCAUCAAGCAUUAGCACGCAUACAGAAAAAACCCUUACAUCAGAAACUUUCUCGAAAGAAGAUGUUCUGCGUCGAAUGGAAGAAGAUAGGGAAAGGCAUAAACGUAUGAAAGAAGAGAUUUGGAUCAGACCAGCAGAUGAGAGUAAGGAUGCUGAAUUUGAAGAGUUUUGGGAAGAUAUCGAUGCAUUGGAUCUUGAAAAAGACUAUGGAUAUAUGAUGACGCAGAAUAAAUUACGGCUACCAGAUUUUCCAUGGCACACUAUUCUAGAACAGGACCUCGAGCAGCAACCACGAGAACGGUCGCCUGGAUCAGCAGCAAUAGAUACUGCUUGAUAGAACCAAAAAGAUUAUUAUAUUUAUAUCAGAUAUUUGGGUUUAUAUCGUUUUUAUCGAAAUGCUGAACUACUGUAACUUUUUUUUUAAAUAAAAAAAGAAUUUAUUGAAGAUAUUUCGAAAAGGCAAUGGAAAGACUUUCCUGUUGGACGUAGCUUUUAAAGCCACAUGAAGGCUUAUCAAGGUCAAUUUUGUCCUGUUUAUAUGGCAUACUGGAUGGGGGAGAGAAGACUUUCAGAC